AUGGGUAGGGUGGAGGAAGGACCCCCUGUCGAUGAGGCCUCUGCGCGACCUGAAGAAGACAUGAGGGUGUCAUCUCCUGCGUCGGGGACAUCCAACGCCACUAUCCCUGCCUCUCCCUACCACCCAAGGCUUCUGUUCCCCCAGGAAACACCUCCAGAGCCAAAACGGAAGAGGAGCAAGAAGGCUGAUCCUCAAAUAUCGCCUUAUGAGAGAGAGCUGCUCUCUGCACUCCAGCAGAACUCUCAGGGCUCACCACAGAAAUCAGAGGAUCAGCUGUUUGCGGACACAGUGGUCAGUCAGGACACUGGUGCAGCGGUCAGUCAGGACACUGGUGCAGCGGUCAGUCAGGACACUGGUGCAGCAGUGGUCAGUCAGGACACUGGUGCAGCGGUCAGUCAGGACACUGGUGCAGCGGUCAGUCAGGACACUGGUGCAGAGGUCAGUCAGGACACUGGUGCAGAGGUCAGUCAGGACACUGGUGCAGCGGUCAGUCAGGACACUGGUGCAGUGGUCAGUCAGGACACUGGUGCAGCGGUCAGUCAGGACACUGGUGCAGCAGUGGUCAGUCAGGACACUGGUGCAGUGGUCAGUCAGGACACUGGUGCAGCGGUCAGUCAGGACACUGGUGCAGCAGUGGUCAGUCAGGACACUGGUGCAGGGGUCAGUCAGGACACUGGUGCAGCGGUCAGUCAGGACACUGGUGCAGAGGUCAGUCAGGACACUGGUGCAGCGGUCAGUCAGGACACUGGUGCAGCGGUCAGUCAGGACACUGGUGCAGCAGUGGUCAGUCAGGACACUGGUGCAGCAGUGGUCAGUCAGGACACUGGUGCAGAGGUCAGUCAGGACACUGGUGCAGUAGUCAGUCAGGACACUGGUGCAGCGGUCAGUCAGGACACUGGUGCAGCAGUGGUCAGUCAGGACACUGGUGCAGUGGUCAGUCAGGACACUGGUGCAGAGGUCAGUCAGGACACUGGUGCAGCGGUCAGUCAGGACACUGGUGCAGUGGUCAGUCAGGACACUGGUGCAGCGGUCAGUCAGGAGUCAGGACACUGGUGCAGCGCGGUCAGUCAGGACACUGGUGCAGCGGUGGUCAGUCAGGACACUGGUGCAGCGGUCAGUCAGGACACUGAUGCAGCGGUCAGUCAGGACACUGGUGCAGCGGUCAGUCAGGACACUGGUGCAGCGGUCAGUCAGGAUACUGGUGCAGCGGCCUGUGGAACAUGUGGAGCCAAAGCAGCUUACGGACUCGUCUUCAUUAUCAACUUCGAUCAGUGGCUGGCUGUCCCUGUCCCCCAUGUCACCUCUGAGCACGGGGACCAGCCGCUCCUUCCAAUCGAUGGGACACUCGGCACAGAUUACCAGGCCAUUGAGCUGGAGGUGUUAGCCGGGGAGGCAGGGGCCGUGAUCGAUGAGGCCCGCUCGUAUGGACUCUCUGGGAUCUUGUGGGGCCCCCGGAGCCGCUCUCUCUCUGCAGGCGGUCAACACCUUGUUAUACGAGCUUCACCAGCAGAGGGCGCAGCAUACCCGUGUGUUCUCCACCGCGCCGUCUGUGGCAGAGAGGCUGGCAGGUACCAUCAACACACCAUCAACACACCCUCAACACACCAUCAACACACCAUCAACACACCAUCAACACACCAUCAACACACCAUCAACACACCAUCAACACACCCUCAACAAACCAUCAACACACCAUCACCACACCAUCAACACACCAUCAACACACCAUCACCACACCAUCAACACACCAUCACCACACCAUCAACACACCAUCAACACACCAUCACUACACCAUCACCACACCAUCAACACACCAUCAACACACCAUCACUACACCAUCACCACACCAUCAACACACCAUCACCACACCAUCAACACACCAUCAACACACCAUUACCACACCAUCACCACACCAUCACCACACCAUCAACACACCAUCACUACACCAUCACCACACCAUCACCACACCAUCAACACACCAUCAACACACCAUCACCACACCAUCAACACACCAUCAACACACCAUCAACACACCAUCAACACACCAUCACACACCAUCACCACACCAUCACCAUCACCACACCAUCACCACACCAUCAACACACCAUCACACACCAUCACCACACCACACACACCAUCACCACACCAUCAACACACCAUCACCACACCAUCACCACACCAUCACCACACCAUCAACACACCAUUACCACACCAUCACCACACCAUCAACACACCAUCACCACACCAUCAACACACCAUCACACCACACCAUCACACACACCAUCACCACACCAUCACCACACCAUCAACACACCAUCACCACACCAUCAACACACCAUCAACACACCAUCACCACACCAUCAACACACCAUCAACACACCAUCAACACACCAUCACCACACCAUCACCACACCAUCACCACACCAUCAACACACCAUCACCACACCAUUACCACACCAUCACCACACCAUCAACACACCAUCACCACACCAUCAACACACCAUCAACACACCAUCAACACACCAUCACGACACCAUCACCACACCAUCAACACACCAUCACUACACCAUCACCACACCAUCACCACACCCUCAACAAACCAUCAACACACCAUCACUACACCAUCAACACCAUCACCACAACCACACACCCUCAACAAACCAUCAACACACCAUCACCACACCAUCAACACACCAUCAACACACCCUCAACAAACCAUCAACACACCAUCACCACACAUCACAUCAACACACCAUCAACACACCAUCACCACACCAUCAACACACCAUCAACACACCAUCAACACACCAUCAACACACCAUCAACACACCAUCACACACCAUCACCACACCAUCACCACACCAUCAACACACCAUCAACACACCAUCACACACCAUCACCACACCAUCAACACACCAUCACCACACCAUCAACACACCAUCAACACACCAUUACCACACCACCAUCACCACACCAUCACCACACCAUCAACACACCAUCACUACACCAUCACCACACCAUCACCACACCAUCAACACACCAUCAACACACCAUCACCACACCAUCAACACACCACACAACACACCAUCAACACACCAUCACACACCAUCACCACACCAUCACCACACCAUCACCAUCACCACACCAUCAACACACCAUCAACACACCAUCACCACACCAUCACCACACCAUCACACACACCAUCACCACACCAUCACCCACCACACCAUCACCACACCAUCACCACACCAUCAACACACCAUCACCACACCAUCACCACACCAUCAACACACCAUCACCACACCAUCACCACACCAUCACCACACCAUCAACACACCAUCACCACACCAUCACCACACCAUCACACACCAUCACCACACCAUCAACACACCAUCAACACACCAUCAACACACCAUCACCACACCAUCAACACACCAACCACACCAUCAACACACCAUCAACACACCAUCACCACACCAUUACCACACCAUCACCACACCAUCACCACACCAUCACACACACCAUCACACACACCAUCACCACACCAUCACCACACCAUCACCACACCAUCACCACACCAUCAACACACCAUCACCACACCAUCAACACACCAUCAACACACCAUCAACACACCAUCACACACCAUCACCACACCAUCACCACACCAUCAACACACCAUCACACACCAUCACCACACCAUCACCACACCAUCACACACCCUCAACAAACCAUCAACACACCAUCACACACCAUCAACACACCAUCAACACACCCUCAACAAACCAUCAACACACCAUCACCACACCAUCAACACACCAUCAACACACCAUCAACACACCAUCAACACACCCUCAACAAACCAUCAACACACCAUCACCACACCAUCAACACACCAUCACACACACCAUCACCACACCAUCACACCAUCACCACACCAUCAACACACCAUCAACACACCAUCACCACACCAUCACCACACCAUCAACACACCAUCACCACACCAUCACCACACCAUCACCACACCAUCAACACACCAUUACCACACCAUCACCACACCAUCAACACACCAUCACCACACCAUCACACACACCAUCACCACACCAUCAACACACCAUUACCACACCAUCACCACACCAUCAACACACCAUCACCACACCAUCACCACACCAUCAACACACCAUCAACACACACCACACCACACACACCAUCAACACACCAUUACCACACCAUCAACACACCAUCAACACACCAUCACCACACCAUACCACACCAUCACCACACCAUCACCACACCAUCAACACACCAUCACCACACCAUCACCACACCAUUACCACACCAUCACCACACCAUCAACACACCAUCACCACACCAUCAACACACCAUCAACACACCAUCAACACACCAUCACGACACCAUCACCACACCAUCAACACACCAUCAACACACCAUCACUACACCAUCACCACACCAUCACCACACCCUCAACAAACCAUCAACACACCAUCACUACACCAUCAACACACCAUCAACACACCCUCAACAAACCAUCAACACACCAUCACCACACCAUCAACACACCAUCAACACACCAUCAACACACCCUCAACAAACCAUCAACACACCAUCACCACACCAUCAACACACCAUCAACACACCAUCACCACACCAUCAACACACCAUCAACACACCAUCACUACACCAUCACCACACCAUCAACACACCAUCAACACACCAUCACUACACCACCAUCACCAUCACACCAUCAACACACCAUCACCACACCAUCAACACACCAUCAACACACCAUUACCACACCAUCACCACACCAUCACCACACCAUCAACACACCAUCACUACACCAUCACCACACCAUCACCACACCCUCAACAAACCAUCAACACACCAUCACUACACCAUCAACACACCAUCAACACACACCCUCAACAAACCAUCAACACACCAUCACCACACCAUCAACACACCAUCAACACACCAUCAACACACCCUCAACAAACCAUCAACACACCAUCACCACACCAUCAACACACCAUCAACACACCAUCACCACACCAUCAACACACCAUCAACACACCAUCACUACACCAUCACCACACCAUCAACACACCAUCAACACACCAUCACUACACCAUCACCACACCAUCAACACACCAUCACCACACCAUCAACACACCAUCAACACACCAUUACCACACCAUCACCACACCAUCACCACACCAUCAACACACCAUCACUACACCAUCACCACACCAUCAACACACCAUCAACACACCAUCACUACACCAUCACCACACCAUCAACACACCAUCACUACACCAUCACCACACCAUCAACACACCAUCAACACACCAUCACUACACCAUCACCACACCAUCACCACACCAUCACACCACACCAUCACCACACCAUCACCACACCAUCACUACACCCAUCACCACACCAUCAACACACCAUCAACACACCAUCACCACACCAUCAACACACCAUCAACACACCAUCAACACACCAUCACUACACCAUCACCACACCAUCACCACACCAUCAACACACCAUCAACACACCAUAACACACCAUCACCACACCAUCACCACACCAUCAACACACCAUUACCACACCAUCACCACACCAUCAACACACCAUUACCACACCAUCACCACACCAUCAACACACCAUCACCACACCAUCAACACACCAUCACCACACCAUCACCACACCAACCACACACCACACCACACCAUCACCACACCAUCACCACACCAUCAACACACCAUUACCACACCAUCACCACACCAUCACCACACCAUCAACACACUAUUACCACACCAUCACCACACCAUCAACACACCAUCACCACACCAUCAACACAACCAUCACCACACCAUCAACACACCAUUACCACACCAUCACCACACCAUCAACACACCAUCACCACACCAUCAACACACCAUUACCACACCAUCACCACACCAUCAACACACCAUCACCACACCAUCAACACACCAUCAACACACCAUCACCACACCAUCACCACACCAUCAACACACCAUUACCACACCAUCACCACACCAUCAACACACCAUCACCACACCAUCAACACACCAUUACCACACCAUCACCACACACCAUCAACACACCAUCACCACACCAUCAACACACCAUUACCACACCAUCACCACACCAUCAACACACCAUCACCACACCAUCAACACACCAUCACCACACCAUCAACACACCAUCACCACACCAUCAACACACCAUCAACACACCAUCACCACACCAUCAACACACCAUUACCACACCAUCAACACACCAUCACCACACCAUCACCACACCAUCAACACACCAUCACCACACCAUCACCACAUCAUCAACACACCAUUACCACACCAUCACCACACCAUCACCACACCAUCAACACACCAUUACCACACCAUCACCACACCAUCAACACACCAUCAACACACCAUCACCACACCAUCAACACACCAUCAACACACCAUCACCACACCAUCAACACACCAUUACCACACCAUCAACACACCAUCAACACACCAUCACCAAACGCAAGAAUACUCACUUUUUCAUGUUUUAAUUGGACGUGAGCUGCUGUUGGAGGCUCAGUAUGGCAGUCCACAGAAGCAGCGCCGCAGCAGAACAGCUUUCUCCGUGUCACAGCUAGAGGCUCUGGAGAAGGCCUUCCAGCAGACCCAGUACCCAGACGUGAGCAUGAGAGAGAGACUGGCCCUGAGUGUGAACCUGCCUGAGGCCCGCAUCCAGGUCUGGUUUAAAAAUAGAAGAGCCAAGUUCCGUAAAGGCCAGAAGUCCUCUUCUCCACUCUCCAACGAUCUUACUUUGGACGAAGCGACUCCAAAACCCACCCUGACCUCUCAAGAAGAGCCACAAGAGACAACUGCAGCUACCUCCAAUGGCACACAUAGACACCCUUCCCUUCCUCGCAUUUCAAUGUCAGACAACAAACAUCACAUUCUGCCCUCUCUGAACUCUGAAAUCCACCAACUCAGACUGCACUACCCACCACAAUUUGCCAGUUUGGUGCAAUCACUUCCCCAGCCACAGCAGCAGCCCCUUGGGGUAAUGCUGGCGGCAGAGAUGUCCCGGGCCCCCAUGUUGUGGCCCUUUGUGAAUCCUCAGCGGCCAACCUUGGGAGCUUCCCUAAGAUCUCCCGUCUCUAAAAACUGUAGCUUCUCCAUCCACGCUCCCCCACUAAACACGGGAUACUCUCACCUAGGGCUGUGA